AUGGGUGAUAAAUUACAUUUCGAGAUUUGGCUGCUAGGAAGGUCAUUGAAGUUGCAGCAAGCGGUUAAGUACUUCCAUUUCCCUAGAGCCUUGCAAGUGACCAUCUCCAUCGAUAGCAGCUGUCACGAUGCACCUCAAAUAUACACAACUGGCUCAGUCAUCGCUGGGCGAGCAAUCGUUUACAGCGAGAUUGAUGCAUACUGCGAAGAAGCCGAAAUUCUCCUCCUUGGGCUCGCUGGAACAAGGCUAGAGCUUACGAGACACAAGCCGACGCGAGCGUUGUCGCCGUUCCUAAAGAUGUAUAUGACGGCCGAGUGCGACGGUGGUAGCCUGGAACUGGAUUCACCUUUUCCUGGAUCCAUAUCUGCUGGGCAAACGGUUUCUAUACCUUUUAGCUUCAUCGUACCGCAGUACCUUCUCCAAGACUCGUGCCGCCAUCCAUGCGCGAGCCAGGCUGUCUGGGAGCGGCACUCACAUCUGCCGCCUACGCUGGAUGGCGCAAAUGAAGACGAGCACGAAUUCCUCGUCCGCGGGCGGAUACAAUAUUACGUCGAGAUGCGAUUGCGCUUCCACGAUAAUUCCAAGAACAAUGAUGAAGCCGUCGUCUGUGCCAGCGCCGAAUACAACACCUCAAGGGUCAUUGCUGGGAGGCAGAUGGUGACCAUCCUUCCAGCUCUUCCUGAGCUGCCCCCUCUGCCGCUAGAUUCUUUGGAGUUUGGAGUAUUCCUGCAGAGCAAUUCAAUCGUGGCUCGAAAGAAUAUUCUUCAGCGGGCUGGUAGACUUAAAGCAUCGGGCACGCAGCCGCCAGCCAUGAUGCUAGAUCCGUGGGGUCGAUCUUCACCGUGCUCGGUCUUACACCUGGAGCUCGAUUUCUUCCCCAGCGACGCCUCAUCCCAUCCUCCGAACAAGCUUGUUGUGUCCGGUGUCGCUCUUGGCACUACACACCUCUGCGCGGAGCCAUCGGAGCUGCUACCAGAGCUCUCGUGUAAAAGUGGCGGAAUGGGCGGUGAUGGAAACGGCCCAACUACAGUGCAAUACAGCUCUGCGCAAAAGUUGUUCCAACUGACGCCUGUGCUGCCGGCUUGGUACCGCAUCCAAGGUCUAACGGAGGGUGACUACUACAGAGCACAACUAGAGAUGCCACUCUCAUUACCGUGCUCCUCCCGUGUGGCGCAUCACACGUGGUGUUUACGGAAGGUGUAUGACACGGGCGUAGACAAACAAACUAUACGCGUCGCUUUUGUCGCCCGAGCUGUCUCGCGACAUAUAGCUAUGCUUCACGACGUGACUGCGCCUCGAUCAUGA